AUGGACUACGGAUCGAUGAGCUUUGAUUUAACAGAUAGAGGUAUCAAACUUCUGUAUAGGCAGCGAGGGUCACAUUUAAGAAAAAUCGAUGGUGAAAUUGAAACGUUAAUCAUAGAGGAUCAGACCCCGUCACCAACACCAGAUGUGGAAGCGGAGGAUGAGAUAACAAUAGGGCCACAACGAGAGCCAGAGUCAAAUGUACCACUGCAACUUGAACCAGAACCAGAACCAGAACCAGAUGUGCCAGUAGAAGCAGAAGCAGGGCUGCCACCAAAUGAAUUUGAACUACCUGAAAUAUCGCCCGAGGUACCGCCUGAAAUACCGCCUGAAGAACCGCCUGAAAUAGCCGAACCUCCAAGCAUACCAGAUUACCAUUUCCAGAAUAUUCCCCUAAGACAGCUGUCAUCCACCAUUACUUCGAUUGCAUCUAUUGAAACUAUCAAGUCGAUUUUAACGAAUCUUUUAGAAAAAGAUCUAAUACCGCACGCCAAGUCCCAUUUCGAAUCGGAUAGAGAUCGGGAAUCUAAGAUGAUGCAUAAACUGGACGUCAGAAUCUUCCAAUUGGUUUCUCAAAAUUUAAACAGCGAUCUACAAGAUAUCUUGGACAUUAAUAUUUCAAAUAACCAACUGUUAUACCAGUUGAGACAAUUAAUGUCUACUAGAGAAGAUUUGAAUCAGCAGUUAGUACAGACCAGAUCUGAAUUACAGCAGCUGAAAUGCGGUGGGGAGUGGUAUCAAUUGAAAAAUUCACAAGAUAAGCUACAGUCAAGACUCCGAUUAAAUCAAGAAUUAAAUCAAUUGACAAAGACUAUUGAAUCAAAAGAUGCACCACCGCUACCGAAAGGUCAUAAUCGGAAAAAAUAUGACAUCGAUGAUCUAUGCGAUUUGUUAAAUCCACAUACAGGUUUACUGAAUCGUUUACAAAAUAAAUGA